UCUUUAAGAGCGUCCUGGGAUCAGCGCGCUGCUAUUCCUCCACCAGCUGAGGAGGAAGAAGACAAAGAGAGAGAAGGAAAAAAAGAAAAAAGAAAAAAGAAAGAACGAAAGAAGGGGGGACGAGACCAUAUAGUAGCAGUGCUACCAAAAGCUGUUUACAACCCAUGUAAAUAUUCGUCACGUUUUCGACCAGCUCUACGCUGACGGCAUCCUGGAAGACGUGGCCAAAUGAGCUCCGCCAGUGGAAGUAAAAACAAUUCUAUGGCGCUUCCGGAGUCGUUAAUUCAUUCAGUGGGCUCGCUCAGAUAGCAACGUCGUACGGUUUUUAACUCAUACCAUGAAAAUGGAAUGUAAACUCUAGACUUUACUAGACCAGAGGCCUGAAAGAUCUACUCCAAAAUACCCCCUGUGCUUCACGAGAGCACCGUUGGAUUAUUUAAAACUAAAUGCACAAGCCAAAUACCAAUUCACCCAACAGAUGGUGGAUGCAUUUGUUUCCUUCCAGAAAGACAGCAAACCAAAGGAUUAAAAGAUUCCUCUUUUUUGCAUAACUUUGCACCUUUGUUCAAGUAAACACCUUUUUUCAUAGUUGUACCUUUGUAUUGGUUUGAACUGUACCAAUAAGCAUUUAAACAUGGGGCCAUCAAUGGAGAUAGCAGACAUUGCAGUCGUUGCACUGUAUUUUGUCCUUGUGCUUGGCAUUGGAUUUUUUGCCAUGUGGAAGGCCAACCGAAGCACUGUAAGUGGCUACUUCCUAGCUGGACGAACUAUGAACUGGGUGGUGAUUGGAGCGUCGCUGUUUGUCAGCAAUAUUGGCAGCGAGCACUUCAUCGGCCUGGCUGGCUCGGGUGCAGCAAGUGGUUUUGCUGUUGGUGCCUGGGAGUUCAAUGCUCUCCUCCUCCUUCAGCUCCUGGGCUGGGUGUUCAUCCCAGUCUAUAUCCACUCUGGUGUCUACACCAUGCCAGAGUACCUUUCCAAGCGCUACGGGGGUAAAAGGCUAAAAGUUUAUUUUGCUGCUCUUUCUCUUUUGCUGUACAUCUUCACCAAACUCUCAGUGGACUUGUAUGCAGGGGCACUCUUUAUCCAAGAGUCCUUAGGCUGGAAUCUCUACCUGUCAAUCAUCCUGCUUAUCACCAUGACAGCCCUGCUGACAAUAACAGGUGGUCUGGUUGCUGUGAUCUACACUGACACUCUUCAAGCAGUGCUCAUGAUCGGUGGAGCUUUGAGCCUCACAGUCAUCAGCCUGGUCAAGGUAGGUGGACUGGAUGGUGUUCGAGAGAAGUACAUGGAAGCAAUUCCAAAUGUCACUGCCAUCCUCGCCAGCCACAACUACAGUUUUUCCUACACAAAUUCUUGUCGCAUUUACCCAAAGCUGGAUUCCCUCAAACUCUUAAGAGGUCCCCUCGAUGAGGACAUUCCCUGGCCAGGGUUCCUGUUAGGCCAGACUCCUGCAUCCAUCUGGUACUGGUGUGCUGACCAGGUCAUAGUUCAGAGGGUACUUGCUGCUAAGAACAUUGCUCAUGCCAAGGGCUCCACUCUUAUGGCAGGAUUGCUGAAAAUUCUGCCUAUGUUCAUCAUUGUCAUUCCAGGAAUGAUCUCACGGAUAAUGUUUCCAGAUGAGCUUGCCUGUAUCGGCCCAGAGCACUGCAUGGCUGUGUGCGGCAGCCAAGCUGGCUGUUCUAACAUUGCCUACCCACGACUGGUCAUGAGCAUAAUGCCAGUGGGCCUGCGGGGACUGAUGAUGGCUGUUAUGAUUGCUGCACUUAUGAGUGACCUAGACUCUAUAUUCAACAGUGCCAGCACCAUCUUCACUCUGGACAUCUACAAAAUGGUGCGGACUUGUGCCUCCUCCCGUGAGCUGGUUGUGGUGGGAAGACUCUUUGUGAUCGUCAUGGUGACUAUCAGCAUUGCUUGGGUGCCCGUCAUCAUUGAGAUGCAAGGUGGCCAGAUGUACUUGUACAUCCAGGAAAUGGCGGGAUAUCUGACACCACCCAUCGCUGCUCUUUUCCUUCUCGGUGUCUUCUGGAAGCGCUGCAAUGAGACUGGUGCCUUCUGGGGUGGCAUGACUGGCUUCAUUCUGGGUACGACACGUCUUAUUCUUGGUUUCGUCUAUCGCGAGCCUCGAUGCAACCAAACAGAUGAGAGGCCAGCUUUCAUCGUUCAUGUCCACUACAUGUACAUAGCUGCUGGGCUCUUCUGGGUCUCUGGACUGGUGGCUGUAGUGGUCAGUCUUUGCACCCCUGCCCCAACCAAGGAGAAGGUUCAGCGCACCACUGUGUGGGGACUACGCAAUGUGGAAAAGCUACCAGUGACAGAACGGGAGGAAACAUACAAGUUGACCCAUAAGGGUCCUGUCCACUGCAAUGGUAACAGCAUGCUCCAGAAAGACCUGCCUCUGGAUGUCCAGAAAGAGCGAUGUCUUGAUGGGGCUGAUCUAAAACUCCUCAUGCCUUCCCCUUGUGACCAGGAUCCUGCGAGUCCUAGCACAGAUGCACCCACCCCAGUGGAGGCGUAUAGCAAUGGGCAUGCAGAGCUGGUAGGGCGUAAGGAUGAUGGGAGCAGGCAGUUUGAGAAGGGCAUGUGUCUGCGCCUCUUUGAUUGGAUCUGUGGGUACAAAGAACAAGCUGCAACUCCUGCACCCAAAGCCACUGAAGAAGAUGAACGGAUUCUCAUGGAGAUGCUUUAUGAGCCCCCGAAAAUCAAGCUUCUGUUAAACUUUGGCCUGAUAAUAGUCUGUUCUCUUGGUCUCUUCAUGUUUGUCUACUUCUCCCUGUAGCCUGCUACUCAUUGGGCAGUGUGAAGGGCAGUAAGAGUAUGUGUAUGAUCUUUUUGUUAUUACAAAAGCUAUAUGGGUUCUGUAAAAACUGGUAUUUUUUGUAGCUUCCAUAAGAUGGGCUCUCUGGACACUCCUCAUUCUGCUAUAAAUUGGCCUUUUCCAUUGCCUUCAUAUCAGAUCAACAAAUUCUUAAAUAUAGUCCAACUGUUGUUCCUUACAUCAUUGUGACCAAAAGCACUACUGAAACAGUGGGUCUUUAUAUAUAUAUUUCUAGACAAAGACAUGUAUUAGUUGUAGAAAUUUGUGAAUUUUGCCUUAUUCACUGUAAGCACUCCCUUGGCUGGCUUUCUGCAUUUUUUUCUUGAAGGAUCAUUUAUAUCAAGAGUAAAUACAUCAAGCAGGGAUGGAGGCUGUAUCUUAUAUAUGCAUUUGUAGUUUUUAUUAUUCCAUUCAGAUUUACUCUAUUUUUAAAACUUGACAGUAGUGAUACAUUUUCCACCUAUUAUUAAAAUAGACAGAUAUUUGUCAAGUCAAAUGUUGAAGUCAUUUUUGGCAAAAUUCAAAUUGAGAAAAGAGAAAAAGUGGGAAAUUUACAUGUCAGAGUUUUAUGAACAAUCUUAAUUAUUCUUUGCAGUGCUGUAUGCCAUAACAAGUGUUGUGAAGUAUGUCUAAACGUACAUGUUACCAUUAUUUUAACAGUACCUUUUUGUGUGAGUGUUCAAUCAGUCACUGUACUUGUAACAGUCUCUUCUUCCUGGUUACGUAUUUUGCUGUAUCACGCUGAAAGUACUUCUGUCAUCACUCUGUAAAAGCAAUGAUUAGUGCACAAAGGUGUUUUUAGAAACCACCAAAAUGCCUUCUCUUCAAGUAGGGAAACACAUUCUUGUCCCCAUUUCAGUGAAGUUGUAGGUGAAAUCCGGGUGACCAGUGUCUCAGAACUCACAUAUUCAACGCUGAAACACAAACUAUACAAGCACAGCCUGUUGUUCCUGAGGAUGUCAAGUGGAUUGGCCUCCACGGGACAAACACCAGCCAGAAAACAUCAGUUAAAAUCACAGUGUUGUCUGAAUUUGUGUAAUAUGUGAAAGCAUAUGAUGCUAUCCCAAAACGGGGCAGCUAAGACUGGGAUGUCCAGUUUUGAUUGCUGUGCAAAAUAGUAUUUAGUUCUUCUAGAGGAAGAAUUUCAUUUGUGGUUGCAGGAACAGGCAUUGUCUGUUGUAGUGCUUUUGAAUGCACUGUUUGUUUAGUGAAGGAGGAAGUUAGUGGCUGGGCUUCAGGCAAACGCAGACAUGAAUGGUUGUUCACCAAAGAUGACUGUUUUGAAGUCAGAAUUUGGUAUCAUACCACCUGCUGAAGGCUUAUCAGACACGUUGCCCAGUAGGUUAUGUUGAUGGAGGUUAAAUAACCCUGGCUAGUGAUGCCAGGAAAUUUAGUAAGUAGUAUUGUGUAUGCUGAAUAAAUAUUACACAGCUCCAAUUGGAAUGCUGUUGUUUGGAAAAUAAACAUCAUGUCCCAAGGUGCUACUGGGAAUGAGUGGGGUUUUGCAAUGGGUGCGCUCUCUUUAGUAUUCCCUGAUCAGCUAUAAUGAAUUGCCUGAUAAAAGGGCUGCGAUAAUAACCAGCAUAGAUACUAAUUCUGAAGGUCUUUACGGGGCACCGCCUGGUUAAUUGAGGGUUCAGAGUAGCCUUAUUCGUAGGUUGUGAUCCACCAGAAAGUAUGUUUUGAAUUACAAAAUGUGACUGAAUAUAUUUGUUUUCUGUCAAUAUAAUUCCAAUAUGUAUCAAAAUAGAAAAUAAAAAAAGACACCAGAUUGAAA